UUGGUUUUCUUCCCCGAAUAAUAUAAAGACCAUUUUCACUAAUCCUUCAAUCGCGAGAGGCUCAGAGUCGUCUACAAAUUCUAGGGUUUUCCCAUCUAAGGAAAAAGAAGAAUCAGGAUUAGUUUUCUCUCAGUAUGUCGGAGCCACCAUUCAGACCUAGGGAGAAGCUUAUUGAGUAUCAGAAAUAUUUUCAAAGCAUCCACAAGCACACUUACCUGAAAGGACAUUAUGAUAAGAUCACAUCUGUCGCUAUUCCUGCUGCUUUGGCUGCAAGUUCCUUGUUUUUAAUUGGACAAGGGAUCUAUAAUAUGUCUCAUGGGAUUGGAAAGAAAGAAUGAGGUUACUCAUGCUUAGAAGACAUGUAUUCCUUGACUUUUGUGGGUUUUUUUCUUUUUUUAGCAUGAAGUUGCAUGUUUGUUACCUCUAAUAAUUGUUUGGUUUGCGCACUUCUUUGCUGCCAAUGGAAAUUUAAAGCUACCCUAAUGGAUUAUGUUCAGUUUGGUUUUUAUUUUUUUUUAAAUCUACAUGAUCAGACCUCAGGAUUCAGCAAGCUUUUUGAUGUUGUCUAUGCUUAAUUUGG